GGAAUGUGGCUCUUCAGCUCCUCGACGUUUGUGUUCGUCCCACCGUCACCUGUGCACGGGGGCGGAGUCACGAGGGUUUAAAAUAAAAAACGCAGGUGGAAGAUGCGGCGACAACACUCCUGGUAAACACAACGUGCUCAUCAUGGCAAACUGUAUCAUCAACCAUGGACUCACCUCCUUCAUACUGGUGGUCUGGAUGGCCAUCAACAUCUUCCUCUUCCUCUGGUUCUACUUCUUCUAUGAUUUGGGGGAGCAGUUCUACUACACGCGGCAUCUGUUAGGGUCCGCCUUGGCCUGGGCCAGAGCUCCUGCAGCCGUGCUCAACUUUAACUGCUUGCUGAUCUUGCUGCCGGUGUGCAGGAACCUGCUGUCUCUGAUCCGCGGCUCCUUCAUGUGCUGCGGCAGAACUAUGAGGAAGCAACUGGACAAGAAUCUGAGUUUUCACAAGCUUGUGGCGUACAUGAUAGCACUGAUGACAGCUGUUCAUAUGAUUGCACAUUUGUUGAACGUGGAGUGGUACAACAACAGCAGACAAGGAGUUUAUGACAAGCUCAGCACUGCUCUGUCCAACCUGGAGGACACAGAUAACACCACCUACCUGAACCCCAUCCGCAUCACAGACAUCGAUCUGCAGCAGAUCCCGACCUACUUUGUCUUCACCACCAUCGCCGGGCUCACGGGCGUCAUCAUCACGCUGGCCCUCAUCCUCAUCAUCACCUCCUCCAUGGAGGUCAUCAGACGCAACUACUUCGAGGUCUUCUGGUACACGCAUCAUCUCUUCAUCAUCUUCUUCGCUGGUCUCGUCUUCCACGGAGCCGGACGCAUCGUGAGAAGUCAGCAGACGACAACUCCACCGCACAACGUCACCUUUUGUAAAGAUCGCAGUGACGAAUGGGGACGGAUUCCUGAGUGUCCUCUCCCUCAGUUUGCAGGAGGCUUCCCUCAGACCUGGAUGUGGGUGAUUGGUCCAAUGAUCCUGUAUAUAUGUGAACGUCUGCUGCGUUUCAUUCGCUACAUGCAGAGAGUCACAUACAGGAAGAUCGUGAUGCGGCCAUCCAAAGUGCUGGAGCUGCAGCUGGUGAAGAGCGGCUUCAAGAUGGAGGUGGGUCAGUACGUCUUCCUCAACUGCCCGGCCAUUUCUCAGCUGGAGUGGCACCCGUUCACCAUGACCUCCGCCCCCGAGGAGGACUUCUUCAGUGUCCACAUCCGCUCGGCCGGAGACUGGACCGACAAGCUUAUCGACAUUGUGCAGCAGCUGCCAGAAGGAGCGCAGGGGCCAAAAAUGGGCGUGGACGGACCCUUCGGCACAGCCAGCGAGGACGUCUUCGACUAUGAGGUCAGCAUGCUGGUCGGCGCCGGCAUCGGAGUCACCCCCUUCGCCUCCAUCCUCAAGUCCAUCUGGUACAAGUUCAAGGACUCCAAUCCUAAACUGCGCACCAGGAAGAUCUACUUCUACUGGCUGUGCCGAGAAACACACGCCUUCGAGUGGUUCGCCGACCUGCUGCAGGUGCUGGAGAAAGAAAUGGAGGAGAGAGGGAUGGGGAAUUUCCUCACCUACAAGCUCUACCUGACCGGAUGGGACCAGAGCACCGCCAAUCAUGUAAAGGUUCGUUUCGACGAGGACACAGAUGUGGUGACCGGGCUCAAACAGAAAACUCAGUACGGCAGACCCAUCUGGGACAAGGAGUUCGAACAAGUCCGCAAAGAGAACCCCACGUCUGUGGUGGGGACUUUCCUCUGUGGCCCUGCAGCUCUGGCUAAAGUCCUGGAGAAGAAAUGUGCCAAAUUCUCUGACGUGGAUCCUCGAAAGACCAAGUUUUACUUCAACAAGGAGAACUUCUGAGCAGAGAUGCCAGGAGAGAAGCAUUUGGGAGUUUUUCAUUUACUGUGGAUCAAUUGAAGUGACAUAGCUGCCUGAAUUACAUCGACACUGGGUGUGUUGUAGCACUAUGAUGAUGAUGAUGAUGAUGAUGAUGAUAAUGAUGAGGCGCGGUGUGUUCUUAUUUCUUCAGUGCACAGCAAACGGCUUCACCUUAUCUCAGUCAUGAUGAAACUAAUAAUCCAUUGUGCAGUCUUCAGACUUUGUGCUGUCAAUAAACCUGUAAACUCACUGUAUCAUUAAACUCAAGUGAAGCAUGCUGCCUGGUUUAGGAAACAAUGGCUGAUUUAACCUGUCACACUGGCUGCUGUCUCCUUAUUUACAGAAACAUGUAAACCAGAAGGAAGACGUGGGAGAAUUUAUAAAUACUGAACUGAUUUUCACAAUUGCCUUUCUUGUACACAUUGUUGACUUGUGUUGAAUAAAUGAAAACCAGAAGUCCUACUA